AUGUCGAAUGGUAUCAAACCGUCAAAUGGUAAUAUCCUUGAUAAGGAGAGAAUAGUUUUAAAUGUUGGCGGGAUAAUGUAUGAGACAUAUAGAUCAACAUUGACUCGUUACCCAGACUCGUUUCUUGGCAGGAUGUUUCAUGAAAGAAACCGAGAUAUGUUGCAUCCAACAAACGGCAACGAACAUUUCAUAGACCGGAACGGUCUAGCAUUCAGAUUUAUUCUAGAAUACUACCGAACCGGAAAAAUCUUGUGGCAAGAAAACAACAACAACGGCGGUGUAACACGUCGCGAACUCGAAGAAGAACUAGACUUUUUCCAGAUCCCAGUCGAACUGCCUUCAGAACUGAACAAAUUCACAGCCGAAGAAGCCACCGAAAUAUUGGAAAAUUUCGCGCUAACUAUGAAACAAGUGAUCGAGGAAAUGCGACGAAAUUUUCGAUCAGCUGUCACGAUCAUUUUUCCCAUGUGUGAUUUCGAUCGGUUUUCCGUGUAUCCGGAGUUGUCGUCGGUGGUGUCGUUAGUUGCGCCGUUUAAAGAGAACGGGUCACCAAUUCUACAAAAUUUUGGGGGUCAUAUUCAAAAAUAUUUGAUUGAAGAAUAUCCUGGGUUAAGUUGCUCGUUUACUUUUCAAGGAAAUAUUCGUGACGAGGGCGUUUACAAGUGGCGAAUGGAGCUUCCGUCAUUACAUAAAGAUACAGUUAAGCGUAUCAUUGGAUCUUCUUCAUUGAAUCGUCUAAUAGAUCGGAGUUACAGCGGAUAA